CGCACCAAUUUAUAACGAUCAAAAAUCCCAACUCUUCCUCUCUCUCUCUUUCUCUCUCUCCCCCUCUCUUCCUCAGUCCGUCCUUGUUCCGCAGAGCCUCCCCGAUGCUGCACGCAGCCGACGUCGAAGCUCGCCUGAGCCGGCGCCCCGCAGCCAAGGCGGACAAGGUGGUCGUCGCCGUGCGGGCGGAGAAGGUUGUGUCCAAGACAGCUCUGGCGUGGGCGCUCACUCACGUCGUUCAUCCCGGCGACGGCAUUACUCUCCUCGCCGUCUUCUCCAGCAAACGCACAGGUCGCAGGCUGUGGAGGUUCUCGAGGCUGUCGGGAGACUCCGGCGACGGUGACCGGCAGGAGAUGGUGGAUCGGAUCUCCGACUCCUACUCUCAGAUGGUGCUCCAAUUUCACGAUCAAGCCCAGGUUCGAGUGAGAAUAAAGGUGGUGUCUGAUAAACCUGGAGGUGCUGUGGCAGCUGAAGCAAGCACCAUUGGGGCCAACUGGGUCGUACUGGACAAAAACUUGAAGCAAGAAGUGCAGCACUGCAUGGAUGAACUUCGCUGCAACAUUGUGAUGAUGAAAGGUUCUCAGGCUAAAGUACUUAGACUAAAUCUCACAUGUGCAAGUGAGAUCCAAACCCCAUUUUACUCCGCUGAUUCUUCUCCGGGUAGGGACAAUGAGAUGCUGCCAAAUUACAGGAUGAAGCAUUGCACUCCAGUCAGUAGUCCAGAAGCAACAAGUCCCUCCCAUAUGAGAACCACCCAAGAAGGCUCAUCAUCAAGUUUCGAUACAGCUACCUAUUUUGUAGUAUAUGAAAGGAACCCACUUUUUGAACGACGGAAUAAGGGAGGUUAUUUGCCAGUUUACCUGCAGAAUGAUUCAAGUUAUGCUUCAACACCUGAUUCUAACAGGGAAAAGGUUAUAACUUUACCCAAACCCCUGAGAUCAUCUCUUGUGCCGAACCAAAAGAAUGUCUACUGGAUCCCGCAGAAUCACAUCAUCGGUGAAGUGCCCAUCACCCCUAGGAACAAGCAGAAAACUCAUCAACCCAAAAUUCCUAUAUCUAGAAAGUUGCUUGAUAAGUUUCCCCAGUACGAUCACGACAUGAGGACACCAAGAGCAGCCCAUGAUCAAACCCAUCGGCCGAUAGUAAACUCAAGCAUUAGGGAUGUAUUCUCCUUAGGCAGAAAUUCUUUGUUGCCUCCUCCUCUGUGUUCUCUCUGCCAGCACAAGGCACCAGCUUUUGGAAAACCUCCAACACAAUUCUCUUUUGAAGAAUUACAUGAAGCCACAGAUGGGUUCUCUGAUGAGAAUUUUCUGGCUGAAGGAGGUUUCGGCGUGGUUCAUAGGGGUGUUCUGAGGGAUGGGCAGGUGGUGGCAGUGAAGCAGUUAAAGUUGAGCAGGGCUGAGGGUGAUGCAGACUUCUGCAGGGAGGUUCGGUUGUUGAGCUGCGCACAGCAUAGGAACAUCGUUCUGUUGAUUGGGUUUUGUAUUGAGGGCAGCCACCAAGUUCUAGUUUACGAGUACAUAUGCAAUUGCUCCUUGGACUUCCAUUUACAUGGAAGCGAGAGGCACCCUCUAGAUUGGGAGUUUAGACUAAAAAUUGCUAUUGGUACUGCAAGGGGCUUAAGAUAUCUUCACGAGGACUGCAGGGUGGGCUGUAUAGUACACAGAGAUUUGCGACCUCAUAAUAUUCUCCUGACACAUGAUUUUGAGCCUAUGGUUGCUGAUUUUGGACUGGCUCGGUGGUGCUCUGAAGUUGAGAUUGGCCCAGAGGAACAAGUGAUCGGAACUUCAGGGUAUCUCGCACCAGAGUACGUGGAAGGGGGUAAAAUCUCGCAGAAAGUCGACGUAUAUGCAUUUGGGGUUGUGCUACUGGAGCUAUUGACUGGCAGAAGAAGCACCCAAUUGAAACUGUACGAGAGGCAAAUUUUUUCCCCGGGAUGGUUUCAUCACUCUGCUGCAUUUGAAUCGAAAGGAGGUAAAGCGGAUUACUACUCUAUUCUAGACCCUCACUUGACUGUUAACCAGUCCUAUAAUUUCGAGCAUCAAGUCGAGGCGAUGGUCCAUGCUGCUUCGUUGUGUCUGUUAUGGGAUCCGGAAUCAAGGCCUCCUAUGUCAAAGGUUCUCCGAGUACUAGAAGGAGGAGAGUCUAUUAUCCCAUUGGCAUUGGAUCUAAACACUGCCGGCAGCAGGAGCGGUCACUUGAAUGGUCUUAGCACACGUGCACAUCCCGAAGCAAGGAAAAGCCAUUCUCGAAAGCUUUCGCACUGAAUACCGAAACCAUUACCUGAUAUAGAACCGUUUUGAAAGCAGACUGCUCCCUGCUUUUUUAUUCUGGCAAUAUACUCUUCGGCACAAGGGCGUAAAGAUUCGAGGUGGAACCUCACCUUUCCCCCCAGCUACAUGUACUAUGCUUUUGUACAUGCUUCAGUUGUAUUCUUUACAUUCUCAGACACAAAAGAAAGGAAAAAUGGUUCUUAAUCAAUAUAUAUGUAUACAAAGUUCAUUUGUCUGUCUGUUGAUUCUUGACUUUUAAUUAAGCAAUCGAUGGCUUUGUUGCUGA